GGUUCAGUAGAGAUAAAAAUCUCACAUUAUUAUAUUAAAACUCAAGUAACUUAGACAACUUGAGGAGUUGAACGCGCUUGUAAGAUUUCAAUAUAUAUAUAUAUAUAUAUAUAUAUAUACAUAUAUGUAUUUAUUGAUUUAAGUUAUUUUGAAGUAAAAAUAUAUACAAAUAAACAUGUCGAGCUUCAGGACUACUGUAUUGCCUUACAACGCGAAGGGCCAUGAGUGUUUUGAUAUGGAUAGUCUUAUUGCGAGAGGGACCGCACACGUACUCAGUGGCACAUCCGGAAAAAAAAAGGAUACUCCGAUUGUAACGCUCACUUAUCGGUUUCUGGUUCUUGGACUGUACUUUGCGAUGAAUAUUAUUUUACUUAUUAUUGUUUUUGUCUUCAUAAAAUGGGGCACAAUGCGAGAGAAAAAAAAGUUGAAGCAACAACUGGAGCGAUGCGAGUCAGAGAUGGCAGGGAUCCGUAGGGAGAAUCCAAACGAACCGGAUCAUGCCGAGUAGCUCAUUGGUAGGUAUUCAGGAGAAAGUAACUUUUUAUACUUAUUAACCGAUUUUACACGAGCAAUCAAAUCGAUUAUUUGUGUUUCAAAGGUAUAUCCCAUAGUUUAGUAACAUGUAAUUUACUAAAUGUGUGUAUAUGCAAUAUGGGAAUAUCAGACAUUGUGUUAAACACAGAGUAGAAUUAUGGAAUAAUUCAAAAAAACAAACGGUAAGUUUUUCCUCACUGUUUUUAUGCUUUUCUGUUAAAGAUUAUCUUAUCUUUUGUGAAUUUAUCUUCGAAGCCCCCCAAAGCCGAGGGACGACAACACUCCUGAAAAUGAGUGGCAAUUUUAUCAGUGAGGAUGAUAUUAUAAAAUCUAAUUAGAAUAUAAAUAUAUAUAUAUUCGUAAUCAUUCCUAUGUCAUACACAAA